GGCACCAGCAUAUCCAGAUCAUUUUCUGCACUCAAAAUCCCUAAUUCCUCUUUGCUGCUCCGGCUCUCUACUACGCUCGAUUCUUCCCUUCCGCCGUCGAUUGUCGGCGCCGCCGCCAUUUGAUCACCAUCACCGCCGCGGCCUCCGCCAUCUUCCCGCGGCGGCGUCUUCUUCCCACUUCGCUUCGUUCUUUUGUGUUCUUUUUUACUAUUUUGCUCCCUGAAUCUUUCAUUUUGUCAAAACUCCCUCGCCCCUCUCUGUAAUUUUUUUUUCCGAAAAAAACCUGUUGUUAUUACAAAUAAUCCUGGUGUUUCGUGUGGACACGAGACACCUUGGUUGACGUGGUGGGCCCAGGAAUGUUGAGUCACGCGCGGAUCGCGGAGGCGACUAAUGACGCCCGGCGUAAGCGGAAGGAACGUGACUCGUCGGACUCGUCUCUGACUCAAUCUCCGGCUGUGGCAGCGCCCGAGCCGAGUCACGCUCGGAUCGGACCUAGCCCGAUUCCUGUUCCUGGUCCGGUUCGAGCCGGCAACAACCGGCUGCUGGCCGGGUGCCUGGCGCACGAGUUCCUGACCGGAGGGACGCUGUUGGGGAAGCGGUGGGGGAAGGAAACGGGCGCGGGGUCGGAGCUCGACAAGGCGGCGAGCUCUGGAGAGUCGACUCGGGGCCGGGAAGCGCCGAGCUCGUAUGCGGCGGUGACUUAUUUGCUGAAGGCGGAGGCAGCCUGCAUUCCGGGCGUGGUGAACCCCACGCAACUCGCUCAUUGGCUCGACAACUGAAGAAGGCCGCGGAGCAGCGUGCCGCUCUCGCUAUGUGCUAAUGAUGAUCAGUACGUGCAUGAGGAGGUUGAGGAACGAGGAAGUAAUCCGUAUGUAUGCAAAAACCAAUAAGAGAACUUUUCUAUCUUCAAUAUUUGGUGUUCAUUCCUCCUCCUCCUGAACGGUUCGCUGAAUGGUAUGUAUCGUUAUUUUGU